UCAUCAUCUGCAAUGAAAGCUACCACAAUAAUAUCUUUUUGUCUCAGCUCCUUCGCAGUGCUGGCAAGCGCCUACCCGAUCUACAAAGCCGAUGUAGUCAACUGCCGUUCAAGCCCUGGUACAUCUGGAGCGGUUGUCAAGACCUACAAGAUAAACACUGACGUCGAGCUCACUUGUCAGACAUCGGGUGAGACCAUCAAUGGCAACGCUCUGUGGGACAAGACGAGCGACGGCUGCUACGUCGCUGAUUACUACAUAAAGACUGGGUCCACCGGUUAUGUUGCCUCAGAGUGUAGCGCCGGUGGCUCUGGUGAAAGCGGAUCUGCAGGCCCUAUUACCGACGACUACCCGUAUAAAGGACAGUGCGACAGCGUCGACCCUUGGGGAUAUUACAUAUGUCAGUGUACAUCCUUUGUUGCAUUCCGUGUCAACAAGCGGCUUGGCGUAAAGUUCCACAACUACUACAAAGGCCCAAAUUGGGGGAAUGCAAACACAUGGGAUGAGGCCGCGCGCAAGACUGGCGUCGCUAUGAACAGCACGCCAAACCCAGGUGCAGUUGCCCAAACAAACGCUGGUGUCUAUGGCCACGUAGCUUGGGUAGCAAAGGUCUCUGGAAACAGCGUUGUCGUAGAGGAAUACAAUCACAGCGGAACGAGGCGGUAUAGCACACGCACUGUCCCCAAGAGUUCAUUCGACAAUUACAUCCAUCUCAAAUAGGCCAUUCUUUAAUUAACCACAUAUAAUACCCAG